AUGGGAGAAGAGGGCAGAGCGUGCAGCCUGCCACGCAAGAAUUGCGAAUAUGCGAAGCAGGAGUACUGGGAAGAAAGGUUUGCCUCAGAGAAGCACUACGAGUGGUUGGAGUCGCCCGAGUCUCUGCUACCGCUCCUUCUUCCUCUCCUCGAUCCUUCCUCAGUCAUCCUCACAGUCGGCUGUGGCAACAGCGAACUGAGCGAUGCUCUGGUAGCUCAUGGGUUCCCCUUCAUCUUCAAUCUCGAUUUCAGCCCCACAGUUCUUCACACGAAGCACCAACGCGAGAGGCAAGCCAUCAGCAAAUACCAGUGCUCUUCCUCUCCGCCCGCUUCCUCUCCGCCCCCUGGCUCUUCGCUCUCUUCCUCUUCUUCCUCAGCUUCGCGUCCUCCGGUGAUGGAGUAUCUGUGUGCCGACAUGACACAUCUCGACUUUCUGCGCCCAAAUAGUUUCGACGUCGUGAUCGACAAAGCUGCCAUGGACGCUUUAAUGACCGAAGAAGGCAGCGCGUGGGAGCCCCGUCUCGCAGUUCGACAGGCAGCGGACAGGUAUCUCGCUGGAGUCAGCCGUUGCCUAAAUCCAGGUCUUUUCGUUCAAAUCACCUUUCAACAACCUCAUUUUCGCAGGCGCUACAUGCUUAACCGUUUCUCGCUGAAUCUGAACGAUGAGUCGACUCGUGCGGAGGACGGGAGACUUACUCCGCGCGAAUGGAUUUCAGCGAAGACGCGAAACUUUCCUUCGCAGAGCCUCCCCGACCGAUGGCACAUCUCUGAGGCGUACGGCUGGUCGUUCUUCCAUACGGACAUCGAAAAAGACACACCAGGAUGCUUCUCCAACUUCCUCUUUCUCGCACAAAAGGACGACUGA